AUGGCGGAGAUCGUAGCUUCCGCGGUCGUCAGCGAGACGCUGAGCAGGGUCUCCUCCUUCCUCAUCGACAAGUACCGCGACCGGAGAUCAACCGAGAGAGACGACGACACGGAGAGGCUGGAGAUGGCGCACAUCAGGAUGGAGGCCGCGCUGGAGGCGUCCGGCAAGUGGCCACCGGCCACGGACGUCCCGCUCCUACGCUGGCGGAACAAGCUGAAGCGCGCCGCCGACGAGUGCGACGCCGUCCUCCGCCGAUGCAAGCGCGGCACCGUUGAAGACCAAGGGACAAGGCAGUGCCCCUCCUUCCCAGCACGGAUCGCUCACGCCACGAGAUCCUUCUUCUCCUCGACCUCGUCCUCCCCCUCUGGCCACAACGACGGCGAGCCGUCGAUUGACUGCUCGGAAGCCGUCGUCCGGAGGUACGAGAGGUUCGCGGACGGCGCCAGCGAGUUCCUGAGGUUCUUGGAGCACGGCAGCGUGCGCCGCCAGAUGUUGAUCCUCGAUCCCCUCGCGGGGCACCUCCUCGCGGGCAGAGCUUUCCAGUACGAGGUCUCUCAGGGAAGCCGGCGCUACUACUUCGCGGGGCGGCCGAUGAGUUCUCUAGAGCGAGGAUUAGAGGGCGGGGUGCUGCUCCGGUGCCGUGACCACGAGGCGCCGGAGCACAACUUCGUGCUCGGAAUUCUGAUGCGCCUCACGGAAAGCACGGACAUGGCCGCGGUCGUGGCCGAGUGCUUGGGGUCGCGGUUGCUCGCCCCUCACCUGAAGCCCGUCGCCGAUGCCGCCACGCAAGAGCUCGACCGGGUGCACACCCGGGGCAUGUAUUGCUACCCGUUUCUUGCUUCUACUGAUCCGGUGUAUUGGAACAUUCACUUGUCAGAGACUCGACGGGCUCGCCCAGAGCCACUGUGCUGCAAAGGAGGACACGACCACAAAAACUCCAUGACGAGAUUGCCAGGCGCAUUUCCAGAGCCGGUGAUCAAAUUGUUCGUGCAGCGCCAUGUCUCGGCAAGGGAGAGGAGGCAGAGCAGGAGGAGGAAGAAGGAGAAGAUAUCUCUGUCGGCUGUUGUUGGUAAUGGCCUGCAGCUUACAACCGUCUUCGCGCCACACGCGUCCACGGAGGAGCUGCCUUCCGGAGUCGAGAGCAUCGCGGUCGAGGUGGUCGACGGGAGCCGGGAUGAGCAGGUCUUGCAUGAAAACGUUGGGUUGCAUCAGCUGGAAGAGUUGCUGCUGCCGGGCGCGACUAGGCGUCUCUGCCACGGGGCUGCAGCCGCACAAUUAUCGCAGCCGGCGCGUGAGGUGUUCUGGAGGUCUGGACAUGGCGUGGCCUACCUUUGCGUCGAGAAGUCCGGCACCGACAUGGCGAUGUGCAGGGCAACCCAGUGGCAGUUUUGA